UUUGAAGCUGAUGGGAGAGGGAGGAACUUCUACUACUCAUGAAGAGAAACAGAUAGAUAGUUUAAUUAAUAACCACUGUCCCGUUUCCCCAUGACCCCAUCCACUCUGUCUAGCUGCUACACAGAAUCAGCUUGAUGCUUAUUCCCAAAUACUGAUGGCUUCAAAUAUCAAGACAUGACCCAGGAGCAUGCAGCGUCUGUUAGAGUAAUAGGUAAAGCAACCACUUCCUCCAUUUGUUACUGUCUUGAAGAAACAGGAUUAACCCCAUCAUUCACUUCCAUCCUGGACUGAGGGAUCUUUGGACUCCAAGACUUAACACACAGGCUUCUGAAUGAAUGAGUGGGUGGGCCAUGACGUCAAUGUGGUGGGACCUUUACAGAUCCCACCCAGUGAUGUGUUCCCCCUAUCAGAAAGCUCACAUUUUUUUGAUAUUCUGGCAGAGCAGAACAGUCCAUUGCUACAGGACCAGGAGGUCAUGUCCUUCAACAGCUAUCCCAGCAUGCAGUACACCUCGGUGGAGUCCUCCAUGUCAUCACCAUCAUAUUACUCCAGCCAGCACUGCUACCCACAGUACACUGGGGAGGAGUGGUACUCUCCAUCCACCAUGUUUGAGAUGAGGAAAGGACCGUUGGAGGGAGGCUUUGAUAAUAUACUGGACGAGUCUUGCUCUGCUGUCCCAACUGUGUGUAAAAGAUCCAGACACGCAGCCCACUCCGGAAGGAGCAAAGGCGAGGAAUUGUGUGUGGUCUGUGGAGAUAAAGCAUCAGGAUAUCACUACAAUGCACUUACAUGUGAAGGAUGUAAAGGUUUCUUCAGGAGGAGUAUUACAAAGAAUGCUGUAUAUAAAUGUAAGAGUGGAGGAAACUGUGAGAUGGACAUGUACAUGCGCAGGAAAUGCCAAGAGUGUCGACUCAGAAAGUGCAAAGAGAUGGGCAUGCUGGCAGAAUGCUUAUUAACUGAAAUCCAGUGCAAAUCCAAAAGGCUGAGGAAAAACACAAAAGCCUCAUCUGACGAAAGUAUAGGGGAUGAUGUUGGUGAUAGUAGAGAUGCUAAACAAAUUGUAUCUACCACUAAACCCUCUAAGGAGAAUAUAGAACUGAGCCAAGACCAACAGGCUUUAAUAAGUUAUAUAGUCGAUGCUUACAACAAACAUCGCAUUCCUCAGGAUAUGGCGAAAAAACUGCUACAAGAGCAAUUUAAUGCAGAAGAAAACUUCCUUCUACUGACCGAAAUGGCAACUAGUCACGUUCAAGUGCUGGUUGAGUUCACAAAAAAUAUACCAGGUUUUCAGUCUCUGGAUCAUGAAGAUCAGAUCGCUUUAUUAAAAGGUUCGGCUGUAGAGGCAAUGUUCCUGCGUUCAGCCCAGGUUUUCUCCAAGAAACUGCCCAACGGACACACAGAGGUGCUGGAGGACAGGAUCCGAAGGAGUGGCAUAUCUGAGGAGUUUAUCACACCCAUGUUUAACUUCUAUAAAAGCAUCGGGGAGCUGCAGAUGAUGCAAGAGGAACAUGCUCUCCUCACUGCUAUCACAAUCCUCUCACCAGACAGACCAUACGUUAAGGACCAGCAGGCAGUGGAGUGUCUGCAGGAGCCCAUGUUGGAGGUGCUGAGGAAGGUCUGUAAACUACAGCACCCCCACGAGCCCCAGCACUUUGCACGGCUUCUUGGUCGUCUGACCGAACUUCGCACCCUCAACCACCACCACGCAGAAAUGCUGGAGUCAUGGCGCAUGAGCGACCACAAGUUCACCCCCCUCCUCUGUGAGAUCUGGGAUGUUCAGUGACUUAAGUGACUCUUCCACAUUUAGAGGAAGAGAAAAUUUACAAAAAAUGGGCGCUUAAAAAGAGAAACGCUAUAGACUUUUACUAAGCUGCCAAAGAGAGGAGUUUACACACUUUUCAGAGAAGUGGACUGUUAAAGUAUGUAAUAUAAAUUUAAUAUUUUGUCAAACUUCAAGUAAAACAGGAAAUAAGAAGAUCUUAAGACAUUAUCAGCGCUUCAAGAAAAGAUUGAUAUUGUAAUGCCUUUGUAAAUGUUUACCUGGCCUUUGCAACUUGGCACCUUGGUUUGUUUUAAAAUCUGAUUUCCUUUAUCAGAGGACUUUGUGGCUUUUUACAUUUUAUGUCUGUUUGUGUUUUAUGUAAUUCAUCUAAAUAUUCUUUUCUUUUAAUUCUUUUCUUUUUCUAUUCUUUUAAAUUCUCUUUUCACUUUUCGAGAAUUAUGUAACCAUUCUUUUUCUGUGCCCAAAUAUAUGUGUUUAUCUGAAAACUGGUGUUAACCGUUGUGAAGUAUAUAAACAGUAUGUUUAGAAUACCUGACCAAAUAUUAGCCCAUAUAAAUCACAAAACCAUGGGCAUUAAAUUAAUAGUUCACCCAAAACUGGAAAUUUGCUGAAAA